AAGUCUAUAAGCUUUCUGGAAGGCCAGUGGGUGUGAGGUACUGUGGGCCUAUCAGAGCUCACUUCCUGUUCUCUCUACCAAUCAGGAGCAGCAGGGAAGGGGACUUGGUUACCCUUGGCCUGGGUUGUCGACCUAAGGGCACCCUCAAGCCGAUGUGUAUUGAAAGGGCAUGAGGGCAGUCCAGGGUGAGGUGUGUCCAGAACUAGCUGUCCCGUCUCCAGUCUCUUCCCCUCCCCCUAAACCCUUGCAGUGGCUCAUCAGAGACCAAGGUCCAAGCAUAGUACUCUAUCAGUCCCCAUGGAACUGCACAUCUCUCUCCCUUCCCCCAGUGCUCCCCAGAUUCCUAAGUUACCUAGGAGACAAGUCCUCUUGCUUAAAGUAAAGAUGGGGUGUGUAUCAGGUCUGAGGACUAGGCCUCAGCUGGGCCUUGCUAGGGUAAAUCUACAGUCGUCCCAAGUUCUGUUCAUAAUAGGCCGAGAUGCUCAGUGCUCUCUCCUCCCAGUUUCCAGUGUGUCAAGUGUUGAACCAUCCGUCUGUCCCUAUUCCCCAAGUGGGUCUCCUGCUCCCUCAUGGGGACACUAGGCGGCACUGGGCCUCGCCCCAAGCCCCGCCUGCUGCCUUACCAACUCCCUCUGGCUCCCUGGGGCAGAUCUGUGCCCAGCCUGGUGGGGCGGGGCCCAGGGUGCUCCAGUUCCUUCAGCCUUUUCUGCCCCUUUCAGUAGUGCCAGAAGGCUGCAGUGGAGAGGGUGGUGUCUUACACAGACUCCCCAUUCCCAGCCCUGCUCCCCCACUGGACCCUUCUUGAGCCAGCAUUCUGCCUGCUUUGAGCAGUCAUGGCCUCACGAGGGAAUGACCAGAGCCAAACUUCAAGGAACGGAGUGAAGGGGAAGGUGCUAACUCUAGAUACCAUGAACCCAUGUGUGCGGAGGGUGGAGUAUGCAGUCCGAGGACCCAUCGUGCAGCGUGCCUUGGAGCUGGAGCAGGAGCUGCGCCAGGGUGUGAAGAAGCCUUUCACUGAGGUUAUCCGUGCCAAUAUUGGGGACGCACAUGCCAUGGGGCAGAGACCCAUCACCUUCUUCCGCCAGGUCCUGGCCCUCUGUGUCUACCCCAAUCUUCUGAGCAGUCCAGAUUUCCCAGAGGAUGCCAAGAGAAGGGCAGAACGCAUCUUGCAGGCAUGCGGGGGCCACAGUCUUGGUGCCUAUAGCAUUAGCUCUGGAAUCCAGCCGAUUCGGGAAGAUGUGGCGCAAUACAUUGAGAGGCGAGAUGGAGGCAUCCCUGCAGACCCCAACAACAUAUUUCUGUCCACGGGGGCCAGCGAUGCCAUCGUGACAAUGCUCAAGCUGUUGGUAGCUGGUGAGGGCCGUGCACGAACGGGUGUGCUCAUUCCCAUUCCUCAGUACCCACUGUACUCAGCUGUGCUGGCUGAGCUGGACGCCGUGCAAGUGGACUACUACCUGGACGAAGAGCGCGCCUGGGCUCUGGACAUCGCUGAGCUGCGGCGCGCUCUGUGCCAGGCACGUGACCGCUGCUGCCCUCGAGUACUGUGCGUCAUCAACCCCGGCAACCCCACGGGGCAGGUACAGACCCGUGAGUGCAUCGAGGCCGUAAUCCGAUUUGCUUUCGAAGAGGGACUCUUCCUGAUGGCUGAUGAGGUAUACCAGGACAAUGUAUAUGCCGAGGGCUCUCAGUUCCAUUCAUUCAAGAAGGUGCUCAUGGAGAUGGGGCCACCAUAUGCCACGCAGCAGGAGCUCGCGUCUUUCCACUCAGUCUCCAAGGGCUACAUGGGCGAGUGCGGAUUUCGUGGUGGCUAUGUGGAGGUGGUAAACAUGGAUGCUGAGGUGCAGAAACAGAUGGCGAAACUGAUGAGCGUGCGACUGUGUCCACCAGUGCCGGGCCAGGCUUUGAUGGGCAUGGUGGUCAGUCCACCAACCCCCUCCGAGCCGUCCUUCAAGCAGUUUCAAGCAGAGAGGCAGGAGGUGCUGGCUGAACUGGCAGCCAAGGCUAAACUCACGGAGCAGGUCUUCAACGAGGCCCCCGGGAUCCGCUGCAACCCAGUGCAGGGCGCUAUGUAUUCCUUCCCUCGAGUGCAGCUGCCUUUGAAAGCAGUGCAGCGCGCGCAGGAACUGGGCCUGGCCCCUGACAUGUUCUUCUGCCUGUGCCUCCUGGAAGAGACUGGCAUCUGCGUUGUGCCUGGGAGUGGCUUUGGGCAGCAGGAGGGCACCUAUCAUUUCCGGAUGACCAUUCUGCCCCCCAUGGAGAAACUGCGGAUGCUGCUGGAGAAACUGAGGCACUUCCAUGCUAAAUUCACUCAUGAGUACUCCUAAAGCCACUGCUAGGGUCACACUGGAUACUCUCUGACUCAACAAACCAAGGGUCCUUGGGAGCCCUCAGUAUUUCUGAUUCCAAAUAGGGUCUGGGUACUUGUCCCUGCAGGUCCCUAAUAAAGCUGGGUAUUGGCCUGAUUUGAAGUGGCGGCCUGGGUGACCCCAGCUUUGACUCACCUGAC